AUGUUCAUCUCAGGAUCCAAGAUUUGUCAGGCACUCAAAGUGAGGCCAAGGCCUGGAGACAGCCAGUUCCUGGUGGCUGUUGGGCAGCUCAAGACAGCUCCCUGCCUCACCAGCCAUGUCCUCCCUCUGGCCUGGAUCACUCAGUACUGUCGCCUUUGCCUCCUAUUGCCCUCCUGGGUCCUGGGCCCCCAAGGAUCCCGAGGGUGCUAUUUCCAGAAUCCCAAAAAAAGCAUGGAAGAACAGACCAGCUCCUCAGGUGGUGAGAAGAUGAGGUCACCUGCCAGGGAACCUUGACCCCACCACAAAGCUGAGCUGACUCAAGCUUAAGAGUUGCUGGAGCAGCAGCUGGAGCUGUACCAGACCCUGCUGGUAGGGCAGGAGGGAGCCUGGGAAGCCCAGGCCCUAGUGCUCAAGAUCCAGAAGCUAAAAGAUCAGAUGAAGAGACACCAAGAGAACCUGAGAGGACAUGCCUAAGCUUCCCACAAGUACCCACAUAACCCUCCAAAACCAGAAAUACUGCCCAGCACCCUGCAAUGGGCCCUUUCAGAAACA